GGUUUUUAUUUUUUCACUACAUUUUCUUCCACAUCUUCGUCUUGAAGGUUCAUCAGGUUGAGCUACUUCUAGUAGUGCCUGUUUCCCAUUACAAAAGGCUGUGAUUGUUGAUGGAAUCGCAUCUUCAUCUUAUCAGUGGAAGGUAGAUUAUGGAUAGAACAUAAACACUAGGCUAAAGAUGGGUACUCGCACUAGCAACGACCAAGUGCCCUACAAAGAGGAGAAGAUGAGUAAAGGCCUGAAGAGAUCCUUGCUCGUGUUGAAUUGCGCACUGUUAGCCUUGGGAAAUGUUGGUGGCCCCCUUAUAAUGAGGCUCUACUUCUUGAAAGGUGGUAAGGGAGUUUGGACAUCAAGCUGUUUAGAAACUGCUGGCUGGCCAUUUAUGGUAAUGCCUCUCACAUUUUCAUACUUGUAUCGUCGAAGAAAGGAGGGCCCUGGGACCGAGCUUUUCUUCAUUAAACGUCCUUUGUUUCUGGCUAGUGCUGUCUUAGGCCUUCUUACUGGCGUGGAUGACUUUUUGUAUGCUUAUGGUGUUGCUCGCCUCCCUGUCUCUACCUCAGCUCUGAUAAUUUCAACCCAAUUGGCCUUUACCGCUGCGUUUGCCUUUCUAUUGGUCAAGCAGAAGUUCACAUCUUUUACCAUCAACUCAGUUUUUAUGUUGACUGUCGGAGCAGUGGUUCUUGCACUUCAUACAAGCUCAGAUCGCCCAGCAAAUGAAUCCAACCUACAAUAUUACUCGGGAUUUUUUAUGACACUUGCAGCUUCAGCGCUCUAUGGAUUUGUGUUACCGGCGAUUGAGUUAACAUACAAGAAAGCAAAGCAGACUAUUACUUACUCUUUGGUGAUGGAGAUGCAAAUGGUUAUGUCAUUUUCAGCUACCGUUUUCUGCACCAUUGGGAUGCUUUUUCACAAAAGAUUGAGGCAAUUCCAAGAGAGGCAAUUCUUCUUCAUGGGAGCUGUUGGAGUAAUUUUCUCUGGCUCCUCACUGCUGUCUGGCAUAAUAAUUGCAGCUCUGCUUCCGGUGACAGAAUCUUUGGCUGUAUUGUUCUUCCAUGAAAAGUUCCAAGUUGAAAAAGCUAUAUCCGUUGUGUUAUCUCUUUGGGGGUCUCUGUCUUACUUCUAUGGUGAGCUCCAAGAAAACAAGAAAAAUCAAGCUUCGGAAACAGAAAUGGCCUAG